CAAUUAAUUGUUGUCUAUAUUGUUUCAUGCUCUCUCUAUGCUCAAACAGAAUCAUACACUGUGUGGAUUCAGUGUUUGAUUUUGUGACAACAUCAACCCUUCUCUUCUUCCAUUGCUUUAACAGCAUGUACAGAUGGCUAAAGUCUUUAGCUGAUUUCAACGAAUUUUGUGCAAAAACCCAAACACUUUGAUCGCUAUAUUUUCGCACAUGUGAGCCGAAGAUCGUUGAAGGAGGACGGAACAAGUUGAUUUAUAUUUUGCAACCAUAUAGUUUAUAUAGCAGUUGCAGCUUAUGAAUUAAAUGGAUAUUCUCUAUCUUUUGUAUGAACCUAUGAUCAAGUUGUUUUGCUAUUUCUUUAUUUCAUUGCAUGUAAUUUUGUUACUUUUGUUUUCAGUUUUCUGGGGGUGCUUUAGAAAAUGAUGGAAUGCUUAUGCAAUCUUUGGACAAGAUCAAUUUGCAAGUCUGUUGAAUUUGCUCUUGAGCAAACAAAGAGACUAAGAUAUACUUGACUGCUUUUGAUCAUUUGUUUUCACAUGGAAUGCUUAUGCAAUCUUUGGACAAGUUGAAUUUGCUCUUGAGCAAACAAAGAGACUAAGCUAUACUUGACUGCUUUUGAUCAAUUGUUUUCACACCUUUUGUUGGAUAUAUGAAAUUACCUUUUUGUGCUGUUACAGGUGCUGCAAUCUGCAGUGGUGAAGCAAGUUGAGAUUGCUAAUUCGUUGGAGAAUGUAGAUGAGUCCAGAUUUCAUCGAGACUGUUCUCUUGAAUAGGUAACCGUAGAGGGUUACCCACCCAAGUCUUGGAACUGUCCUUGCCAAGAGAGAAAAUUGUCUCUACUGAGAAAAUGAAAGCUCGGUUUGUUGAAGAAGAAUGAGAAGCUUGAUAUAUGGGAUUCUGUCUAUUUGGACCAAGCUUGAUUGGCAUUUCUGUUAUCUUAGAUUUUGUUUGAGCUUUGCAAUGCAUUUUAGAUUAUUGGGUGGUUUGAGUCUUCUUGAUAGCUACAAGAGUGAUCCAUAUGGCAUGACUACGAUAUUGGAUAUCUGUCAGGACCUUAAGGAGAAAUCUUCUGGAGACGGAAGAGGCCUGUACUAUAAGGCUUAUUUAAUAUUCUACACCCGACUAUACUACCUCUGGAAUGAGAAUUUGAUAAUUGAAGGAAUCACUCGCUUCGUUUUUUGCUACAUAGUUUCAGUGUUGCAAAAAGAUAUUUGGAGCAGCUUCAAGUUUCAGAGAGAUUUGCAGAGUCAACUGUCUACAUGUGCAGAAUUACAGCCUUAGAUUUUGUAAACCUAGGUAGAGGCCGACACAGAAGUCGAGAAGGAUCUUGGUGCUGAGAAGUAGUUUGUAGAGACCACAAGGAGAUGACUGGAAUUCUUAAACAGAAGAAGAAACUGCAGACUCAGGAGAGAAAGAUUGCCUUCGACAGAGUUAAAGUAUAUGCAGCAAUUUGCAGCCAAGACAAAUGAUGAAAUCAUUAUGCUUUACACCUUCAAGAAAUGAAUGCAGGACAAAUUCUAGCCAACUGACAGCAACCAUGUUUAGUAGAUAAUAUUAUGUGUUUUACACCUUCAUGAAAUGAAUGCAGGACAAAAUCUAGCCGACUGAAAGCAACCAUUUUUAUUUGAGAUAUUGGUAUGUGUUUCAAAAUUUUAUGUAUAUGCAAAGACAAUGCGUCGUAUAAAUGAAUGAAC